CCUAUCAUGAGCCAUUGGGAAGCACAGUAUCAACGCUCAAAGAACGCGGCCACCCUCGAUGAUGAUGAAGCAGACGAGCCAAUGCCCGACAUCGAUCUCGAAGAGCUGCCUGGGUACCAAACUCCGUUGCAACAACUUACGCGACACUGGAUGAAUGAGCGACACGCGCCAGAUAUAUUACCGGCUCAAGAUGUCUUGCUUGGGUCAAUACUCGACCAUCUUAGACGACAAUCCGAGACGAUCCAACUUCUUCGAGGGGACCCUUCAACAUCUGAGGAAGACCAUAUGCGUAUAAUGCUCGCUCAAACCGAGGUGGAACGCGUCAAGUUCAUCGUCCGGUCUUAUGUCAGAACAAGAUUAUUCAAGAUCGAGAAAUAUGCGCGACACAUCAUUGCGAAUGAAGAAGUACAAACCCGGAUAACCGCUGCAGAGCGCGAUUAUGCUAGCCGACACGCGCAUUUGCUCGAUCGACACUUUCAUUCAUCGGUUCUUCAAGGUUUGCCGGAGUCGCAAACGGCGCUAGACGAUAGCCCCAAGUUAAUCAUGCCGCCGAUGGUAACGGAACCAGAGACGACAAGGCCAGUUUUUGCUCACGCACUGAAGAAUACCAUUGCACGAACACAUCGCGGAAAGGUCGCUGAUAUGUCGCGAGGCAGUUUAAUGCUUCUACCUUUCUCAGCGGUAACUGAUCAAAUUGCGAACGGAGAGGUUGAGCUUGUGUAG